CAUAUCAUAAACUAUUACAAAUUAGAGUUGAAAAACUACUGUAUAGUUUAACCUUUAUCAACCCUAAAGUACUUGAACCAAAUUCAGAUUUUGUAACUUUAAGUGUAAUUAAAGUGGCAAAAGAAUCAAAUUUCUUUAAAGAAUUGGUCAAAACUCAAUUUGAUUCAAUAGCACCUUUAGUAAUAAGCCUUACUCUGACACCAAUCAACAUUAUUACAGGAGAAGAUAAAAAUAAAAAUACUAGUCAACAAAGUGGAUUAAGAUCAUCUACUGAAAAACAUCAAAGUGGUUUUGAUGAAGAAUAG